AUGUAUUUUCGACACUUUAAUAAAAAGCUUCCCUUUAAAGAGUUACUGUCAAUAUUCGUUUAAUUACGAAUCUUCUUCUUCUCGAUCUCUGGCUCGCUCUCGAUCAUUUCGCUUCUUUCCUCUGAAUCGUGUGGUUUCGAAUCUAAUUUUGAAUUGAAAGAUGGAAACAGAAACGGAGCAUGAUAGAACUGUCUCUGUCGAUGACAACGACAGCAUCGUACCAGAGCCAAGCUCAACAAAAGAAAGCUUUUUUGAAGAUCUCUCGCUUACUGGGCAAGUUAUGAAUCCUGAACUUUCAAGUGCAGGCCAAGUUCUGACAAAAGUUGAAUUGGAUUUUGCUUUUGUCUCUGAGAAAUUGGUUAAUUUAAGUCUUCUUACUAUGCAACUCGGCACGAGGGAAAAUGAUUUUGAGUCUUUUGUUUCUAAGAAAGAAGAAGAAGAAGAAGAACCUUCGAGUAAUGGUGAUGAUGAUGAUGAUUCUGCUGAGAAGGCGUUGGAGUUUGAUCUCUUGUCUUCAAUUCUCAAUUCAGAGGUGAAAGAACUUGAAUCGCUUCUUGGUUUUCUCCACAACGAGAUUCAAAGUGCCCGUGUCAUGAUAUCUCCGUUUCAACAUGAUGGAGAAGCUUUCUUGGAUUUGGAAGGGAAAUUGCAUGACACUGAACAAUCUUUGGGUCAGUUAAUGGAUCAAGUGGUGGAAAUGAAGAAGCAAUCUUCUAACUUUCAGAGGUUAUCUUCUGGUUUGGAUGAACAAGGAAGCUGGUCUGGAGGGCAAGCUUCAGUGUCUCAAAACGAUGGUGAGUUUGGUGAUUUGAGCGCUAAGAUCAAUAUGCAGACUGCUGAUCAGCAAAGGAACGUUUUGAGGAUGCUUGAGAAAUCUUUGGCUAAGGAGAUGGAACUUGAGAAGAAACUAAGUGAAUCAAGAAAUACUGAACGAGAACUAGAGAUGAAACUAUAUUCUUCUGAGCAGGAUGUUGUCUACAUGGAAGAAGUAACCGAAGAUGCCUUCUCGAGGUGGCUUGAGGCAGAUAAUGCUGCUGAAGUCUUUAAGGGAACGUCAAAGGAGAUGUCUGGAAAACUCCAGAUUCUUCAGUUCAAUCUAAGUGGCUCUUUUAAGCGGGAAGACAACUUGAAGUCUGAGCUUGUUGAUUCAAAGGAACGUUUAGAAGCUAAGGAAUGCGCCUUGCACAAGCUUGAUAGCAGCAAUGCAAGACUUACUGACUUUCUUAUGGCACAAACAGAAGGCUUAAAAGAUAAUUUGAGAGAGGCUGAGGAAAAAUUGAUUCUGUUGAACACUGAGAAUUCCACAUUAAGUGAAAAAGUUAGCUCCCUGGAGGAACAACUGAAUGAAUAUGGGCUUCAAACAGAAGAUGCGGAUGCUACUUCUGGUGCUCUGAUAACAGAUCUUGAACGUAUCAACGAGGAACUGAAAGAUAAAUUAGCCAACACUGAAGCAAGGGCUGAGGAAGCAGAAUCCAAGUGCAAAAUCCUAGAAGAAAGCAAAAAAGAGCUUCAAGACGAGUUGGGGACUUUCAGAGACAAGGGCUUCACUCUGGAGAAGUUAGCAUCGCUUGAGAAACACUUGAGGGACUCAGAUCUUCAACUAGAACAUGCAGUUGCAGCUGUUGAAGCAAGUAAAGAAAAGCAGAACUUGUUAUAUUCUACUGUUUCUGAUAUGGAGGAUGUGAUUGAGGAUCUAAAAUCAAAAGUUGUGAAGGCUGAAAACAGGGCUGACUAUACGGAAGAGAAGUUGAUCAUGGUAUCUGAGUCUAACGCAGAUCUCAAUGAAGAACUGAAAUUCUUUAAGGGUAGAUUGAAAGAAGGGGAGAAAUAUUUACAGCAAGCAGAAGAAAGAAAAUUGCGAACCGCCAAAGAUAUCGCGGUACAUAACAAGAUCAUGAAAAAACUGGUCAUGCAACUAGCUGCUGAACGAGAACGACUUCAUAAACAGAUAACUAACCUGUCAAGAGAGAAUUGUGUGUUGAUGGUGAAGUUGAAAAAGAUUGGAAAAACUGGUUACAUGGAAAGUGGCAAUGGAAGUGAAGUUUCACCAAAGUCGGAACAGAAUGCUUCUUCUUGCCAUCAAGGAAGUAGACUUCAAGCCACUGUCACUUCACUAACUAAUCCAGAGGAGGAAGAAACAGGUUCAAAAUCAGAUAUUGGAAGUGUAAGGAGGUUAGAUGUUGGAGCUCUUGGGUUCAAGCACAUUCUCGUUGCAAUGCUCGUGAUCUUAACAUCGUCAAUAGCUUACGUUAUAUCCCAGCAAAACAUGUAAGAGUCUUUUAACUUUUUCCGAAAUCUCAUAGGCUCCAGUUUUGUUUCUCUCUUUGUCAUAGUUUACAAUGACAGAUUAUAUUUUAGUUCUUUUUGGCUACCCAGUUACAGAAAAUCUGCUAUAAAAGUAACCACCGACUCUUUCAA